AUGGCACUACGAAUUGAGUCAAAGAUACUACAAGAUGUGGUAGCCGAACUGACUACCAAUCAAGAGUGUGGCUUUAAGAUCUCCACGCUAACAGGCUGCUAUGACUGCACAAUAGGAGCGCCUUUCGCAGCCAUUUGUGAGUCAUUAGUUGAUUCUACGGUAACAGUCGCUUGCCGAUCUCAACAAUUUUUGUUUAAAUGCGGGUCUUCAGGUGAAGAGAAUGAGAUUAUUCUCCACUUUAAUCAUCCCACAGUACAUGAGCAAUGCAACGCUCAUUGCUCUGAUAGGCCUACGAAAUUCCUCUCAUGGAGUACCUCUAAAAACCAGUGGUUCAAUGAUAUUAGUUUACCUAAUAUUGAACCUUUAUUAAAUACCAUUACAAACCACUGGAAGUUGACGUUAGCUGCUCUCAGUUCAAUACUUGGUUUAGCAGCCUUGACUUACUUGGUAAACUCCGUCAUUUCAACUGUUCUCAGAUAUUUGUGGAAGGCACUUUCUCACUGUGUCAACUAUAUGAGAGGAAAACAAGCUCAUACUGAGAACCCCAGCAUGUGA